AUGUCUGACCGGAUCUUCUAUAUUCAGUCUAAUAUGUCCUCUGUCCCCUGGGAGGGCAGCACAUCAGCACCAGUGGCUCCCACCUACCUUCCCACACCUGGUCACUACCAUGUCCUCUACCGAGGGUGUGGAGAAAGCCAGGUGGGUUGGCACGGGGAAACAUACUGCCUGGUCGGUGGCUACCGUGCCUACGGGGAUGCUCCCAUGGCCAUCCCAGCAAAGGCAGAAUUAGAGAAGCCAACCCCCAGGCGGGCUCCCAAGAGACGCCGACCGCUGGCAGAGCUGGACAAAGACUCAGCCUCCUCCAGCCCCAAAAUUCAGCGCUUGCAGCACGAUGACAGGGGGCUGACCCCCCAGAAGCUCACUGGCUGA